GGCAAAAAUGUAAUCCUUGACCCGGAAGUGUACUAUAACAAUAUUUACGUCCUGCAGCGAAGUUUGAACCUUAAUUGGUUGAAUAUCUAUUUUAUACAAAGUAUACAUCAAGACUCACUAUAAUCCAAGUAUCCGGACGGUGACAUAUAUGGUAAACGACCCAUACACCAACGAAACUGGCACCACCACUACCCGUCACUAUGCCCGCUUUGCUGGAGAGACCGAAGCUGUCCAACGCGAUGGCCCGAGCCCUUCAUAAACACAUCAUGAGGGAAAGGGAGCGUAAGAGACAAGAGGAAGAGGAGGUGGACAAAAUGAUGGAGCAGAAGAUGAAGGAGGAGGAGGAGAGGAAACGAACGAAAGAAAUAGAAGAGAGGAUGUCACUGGAGGAAACCAAAGAGCAGGUGAUGAAGAUGGGCGAGAAGCUGCAGGGCCUUCAGGAGGAGAAGCACCAGCUCUUCCUGCAGCUGAAGAAGGUUCUCCACGAGGAGGAGAAGCGACGCAGGAAGGAGCAGAGGUAUGACAUCACAACACUGACCUCCGCCAGCUACCAGCCCAGUCUGCCCAUGCACUCAGGGCAGCACCUCCUCAGCAUUCAAGGCAGUCCAGUCAGCCAUAAUAGACCCGGGGCCUUGCUGGGCGAACGCAGUAAACAGCUCUUCCCAACACCUGUGAUCCCUGGACGCCACUACCAGAGCCAGCCUGGGUUCAGCGCCGGCCCGGCAGAACACGGCCAGUUCAGCGGGAGCCAGGGGGUGCACGAGCCGUACAGCGUGUCCCAGUCACAGCACCCCUCCAGCUACGCCCCCGGACCCUCCUCCGUCCCCGUCAGCUUCGCCGGCAGCUCCACCAUCAGAGGUGCGUCUGCGUUCCAGGCCAUGCAGUACCUACCCCACCAGCAGCCCAGCUACCCGGUCCACAGCCACUUCACCUCCCAGCCCGGCUUCAUCCCUGGAGCUGGUAUAUCCCUACAGAAGCAGCUCGAACACGCCAACCAACAGUCAGGCUUCACUGAUGCCGGAGCCCUGAGACCCAUGCACCCCCAGGCCCUCCACGCCACGGCCUCCGGCCUGCUGCCCACACCGUCGAUGGCGGUCCAAAUCCCAAGCGCCAAGGCGCCAUUCCAGGGCUCUCCCCAGGCCGCUCCUCGCCACGCCUUCCUCUCCCACCCCCAGGGAGCACAGAGGUUCUAUCACCACGGCAAGUAGUCCACCCCCUCCGGAGAUCCAGAUGCCGGACCGAUGAUGAGCUAAAAACGGACACGUCUGAGAGGGGCCCGUGUCCCCCACGGAUGAGUUUAGUCCGUCAGCAAACAAUGCUUGUUUCUCCUUUUUAAUAUCUUCUCAUCAAGAGUCAGUCGUCACCUUUUACUCGUUUUUAUUUUGUUGAAAAUGUCCGUUAGCCGUUUCCCCGUUUACCGUUAGACGUGGCUUUUGUAUUUGAGCGAUAUUUCGUGCUAAACGCCAACGAGACGACGUCGGAUCUCUUGCCCCCCCCGCUUUGAAAUAAAAGAACAAACCACAGUAACAAUUUGCAUGGUCUUUAAUUUCGGCUGGGGAGACAUUCUGCACAGUUGGGACAUUUCUACGAACAGUCAGGAUACCAAAACGCCACGACACUUCACUAAUGAAUCCUAGCACAAAGUUAGAACACAUCAGGACACACUUGGUUCCUUUUCGACGAAUGUGGUCCUGUCUUUCCUCCAACCUGUUCCGGUCGCGCCCCAUUUAAGGCUGUUUCAAAGCAAUAGAUAACGAUAAUGAUGACUGGGUCCUCGUGCGAGGGGUGCCCGGUACGUUUUAAGAGGCGCGCUUUGAACACCCACCAUGCUGUUUAUCUCUAAAGACACCUGGUUCUGCUGUUUCAAGUGGGUUUAUUUUUAAUAGACAGGGCGAUAUACAAGUGAAGAAACAAGACAAGAAAUGCAAAGCAAAAAACGCACAACAUCCACUUUGAAGGACACAAUGUUGAUUCCGCAGGUUGGCAUAUUAGUUUAUCGCUGUGCACUCGAAUGUACUCCAACGAAAAUACAAAAA